AUGUCUAGAAGUAUUGAGCUUGCCAGCCAGACACACAGAGCGCAAGCAGCUGAGACACUUCUCUUUGACCACAGAAUGGAAAUGUAUGAUAACGACAAGUACUUCUACAGCGAUGACAAUGACACUGACAUGCUAUACAAUUACAGCUACAAUCAAACCAACCUUGGGGAGCACUCCAACUCCAUUCUUCCCCAUUCUCACAUCUACCUGCCACUACUUUAUUUCUUCAUGUUUUUCACAGGCUUCCUGGGAAACCUCUUUGUGAUCAUGGUCAUGGGCAGUAGGGGGAAGAGGGGUGGGCGUCUGGUGGAUACAUUUGUGGUUAACCUGGCGCUGGCGGACCUGGUGUUUGUCCUCACCCUCCCACUGUGGGCCGUCUCCUCCAGACAGGAGGGACAAUGGCCUUUUGGGAACCUCCUCUGCAAACUCAGCAGCUACAUCAUCUCCGUCAACCGCUUCUCCAACAUCUUCUUCCUGACCUGUAUGAGCGUGGACCGUUACCUGGCCGUGGUGCGCCUCAUGGACUCCCGCUUCCUCCGCAGCAGCCAGUGUGUGCGUUUCACCUGCAUCAUGGUCUGGCUGCUAUCCCUGGCUCUGGGUACCCCCUCCCUGGUGUACCGUAGUGUACGUACCCCCAACGGUGAGCCCUUCUGCCUGGAGGACAAAGAGUCGUCCUUCUUCCUGGGUCUGAGCCUGACUACGGUUUUCCUGACCUUCGCCCUGCCAGUGUUCAUCAUCCUCCUGUGCUACAGCUCCCUCCUAGCCCGCCUGCGCCGACACUGUGUUGCCGCCGGCAACCCCCGUGCGGAAGCCCGCCGCCGCCACUCUCUCAAAAUGGUCUUCACCAUCAUUGUGGCCUUCAUGGUGUCUUGGCUUCCCUUCAACAUCUUCAAGACCCUCCUAAUUGGUUUCAGGCUGUCUGGGGCCGAUCUGAGCAAUGAGACCCAGUCUGUCCUGAGUCAGGGCCUCACUCUCUCCUGCUGCUUGGCCUUCCUCAAUAGCUGCGUGAACCCGGCCAUCUACCUGCUCCUGGACCACCACUUCAGACGGCAGGCGGAAAGACUGUUCCUGAGCUGCGUGCGGAAGCGUGGGCUGCACCAGGGCUAUGCCUCGUCCACAGACUUCUCCUACAACGGCACCUCAGAGAGCUGUGGAACAACAGCCUCCAGAACUCGUUUACAGUCGUUCGACCAGAAAGUCUGAUAGCAGGGUUCUGCACAUUUUAUAGCAUUUUUGUAGUCCAAAGCCCUAAAAGUUGAGGUGAAUAAUUUUGUAUUAUGAUUUUAGGUGUUACUGUAUGUAAUUCAAAAGCUCAGUGAAAGAAAGCAUACACUAUAAUAUAUUUUAUGUAUAAAAGUUAUUUCAUUAUCAUUAAAAGUUUGAAUUGAUGUUUGCAUUUAUAUUACUUAUUUAUUUUUGCUUUCUUUUUUUAACCGAACAACUAUAUUUUGAAUAUGAUUAAAUUCACCAUUAGACUGUUUAUUAUGAUUGUUAACAUUCGUAAAUUCAUGUUAAUAUUAAAUAGCAAUUUGUUAACAGUAACAUUAAUUUGUUAGU